AUGGUCUUCCCGGUCAAAGCGCGGGCUCCGUUUCGCAUCUCCUUCCUCAACCCAUCCGGGCGUGGAACCAGUUGGGCCAGGGAAGAUUUAACCAGGCGGGCCCGGACGGAGGCUAGGAUGGAGGAGGGGCAAUCAGCUUCGUAUACCGUGGAUGACGCACUCUUGUCAUCAGGUUUUGGGAGGUUCCAGAUAUUGAUUCUUUCAUAUGCUGGGAUUGGCUUGAUUGCCGAAGCGAUGGAAAUGAUGCUGCUAUCAUUUGUUGGUCCAUCAGUACAGCUAGAAUGGAAGCUUACUUCUCACCAGGAAAGCAUCAUUACAAGUGUUGUUUUUGUUGGAAUGCUGAUUGGCGCUUACUCGUGGGGUGUGGUUUCAGACAACUAUGGAAGGAGGAGAGGCUUUCUCUUUACUGCCAUUGUGACAAGUGGAGCUGGAUUCUUGAGUGCUUUUGCUCCGAACUAUGUGUCAUUAAUUUCCCUGAGAUUCUUAGUUGGUAUUGGUUUGGGAGGAGGACCUGUUCUGGGAUCUUGGUUCUUGGAAUUUGUUCCUGCUCCAACUAGAGGAACUUGGAUGGUGGUACUUUCUGCAUUUUGGACUGUUGGGACAAUCUUGGAGGCAUCUCUUGCAUGGACAGUUAUGCCCAAGUUUGGCUGGAGGUGGUUGUUAGCAUUAUCAGCUAUUCCAUCUUUUCUCCUGCUGCUAUUUUAUGCCAUUACGCCAGAGUCACCAAGGUUCCUUUGCAUGAAAGGCCGAACUGCCGAGGCUGUGGAUGUAUUGGAGAAAAUGGCAAGACUAAACAAUGUACAACUACCUUCUGGUAGGCUUGUUUCUGACAAAAAUAUUGAGCUAGAUGAAGUUUCAGGAUCUUCAGAGUCCACGACACUUCUGGCUGGUGCCGAAGAAAGUGACAACCUAAGUGAAGAUCAAGGUUCUGAUUUCGGAGGUAUUAAGUCCGUUGGCAAACUACUCGCACCAAAACUGAUCAGAGCAACCCUGCUUCUGUGGAUGGCCUUCUUUGGAAAUGCGUUUGCCUAUUAUGGCAUUGUUCUUCUGACAUCAGAGCUCAGUACUGGAAAUAGGAUAUGCGCCAAAGAGGAUGUUGAAUCAGUUAAUUCAACUAAUGCAAGCCUAUAUAAGAAUGUUUUCAUAUCUAGUUUUGCAGAGAUCCCAGGGUCAUUUCUAUCGGCCAUGAUCGUGGAUAGAUUUGGUCGGAAGCUUUCAAUGGCGUCGAUGCUCUUCACUAGCUGCGUUUUCUUAUUCCCACUAGUGUUCUCCCGGACAGAUAUACUAACCAGAAUCUCCCUGUUUGGUGCCCGGCUCUGUAUAUCGGCCAGCUUCACCAUUGUAUACAUAUAUGCUCCAGAGAUUUACCCGACCGCGGUGAGGACGACGGGCAUUGGCAUCGCGAGCUCAGUGGGCAGGAUCGGCGGCAUCCUCUGCCCGCUCGUUGCGGUCGCCCUGGUGCACAGCUGCCAGCAGACGACGGCGAUCCUCCUAUUCGAGCUUGUAAUCUUCCUCUCCGGCCUGGCUGUCUCGUUCUUCCCCUUCGAGACGAAGGGGUGUAGACUCAACGACACCGAGGUGGACAUGAACUGA